AUGCAGGGAUCAGCAGCCGUGUGUGGUCAGAGGGUGUCCACAGCACAAAACAUCACACAGCCUCGCUCCAGGAUAGUCGGGGGCUCUCCUGCUUCUCCAGGCAGCUGGCCGUGGCUGGUCAACCUUCAGCUAGAUGGUGGCCUCAUGUGUGGAGGCGUUCUGGUGGACAGCUCCUGGGUGGUCACCGCUGCACACUGCUUUGCAGGUAGCCGUAGUGAGAGCUACUGGACAGCAGUGGUGGGGGAGUUUGACAUCACCAAGGCCGACCCUGACGAACAGGUCCUCAAGGUCAACCGUAUCAUCCCUCACCCUAAGUUCAACCCAAAGACAUUUAAUAACGAUAUAGCCCUUGUGGAGCUGACAUCGCCGGUGGUGCUGUCUGAUCAUGUCACCCCUGUGUGUCUUCCCUCUGGCAUGGAUCCCCCCACUGGCAGCCCCUGUCUAGUGGCAGGGUGGGGGUCUCUCUAUGAAGAUGGCCCAUCUGCAGAUGUGGUGAUGGAGGCCAAGGUACCCCUGCUGCCUCAGAACACUUGUAAGAGUACCCUUGGCAAGGAGCUGGUCACCAACACCAUGCUGUGUGCCGGCUACCUCUCUGGAGGUAUUGACUCCUGCCAGGGAGAUUCUGGAGGCCCGCUGAUCUACCAGGACCGCUUAUCAGGUCGGUUCCAGCUUUACGGUAUCACAUCCUGGGGAGAUGGCUGUGGGGAGAAGGGCAAGCCUGGGGUCUACACACGGGUCUCCGCCUUUUCUGACUGGAUUGAGGCUGAAAUACAGAAGUCAUCUGGGAGCCGGGAACCAACAUGCCCUGAGCUCCUUAAGACAUCAGAAUUGUCUGAGGAGGAACAGAGGUCAGAGUUCAGCACUCUUUGUCAUUUCUACUCACUGACCUGUCCCCGUGGUCAGUCAGCCAGUGCCUGUAGCCGAAUGGCUGAGGACAAGUGCAUCACCCGCUUCAAGAAAUGCCAGCUGCGUUCAUUCCUGCAGACCCUGUUGGACCUGCUGCAGAGGGCAGAGGACUACAUCAGGGACAAGGCAGACUUGACCUUCUUCACCCAGACUCUGCCUCAGCUGGUGGAGCACAUCUAUAGUACCGCAUUCGCUCACACCAGAGAGAGGAGGGACCUGGGCCUGGAUCAGGAUCUUACACAGACAGCAGAGCAGCUAGGUGGUGCUGUCUGGCCAAAAGAGCAGGGUCCUCCUCCCACUCCUCCAGCCUUUUUUAGAGAGGUGGGACCCUCAGUGGAUGACUGGGAGAAGUACCUGAAAAGGCUGGCUGACAACUUGGAUGAAAAACACACCAGCACCCCGUCAACACCACUUAGACAGGAGGACAGCCUGUUCCUACAGGCAGAGGAGUCCUCGGUCCAUCAGCUACAGAGAGAAUACCAGUCUAUUAUUUUAGCGCUGCGCUCCAAACUAUAUUCCAAAGCUGCUCCUCCCGUCCUGCACUUGGACACAGCCUACCUCCAAGAGAAGAACCCCAACAUUCCUGCUCCUCCAAUGGGAACACUAAUCCCCACCAAUCCCCUGUCCUCUCAGGAUUUGCAGGAGUCCGGGCCACUUCUGACGGUCCUGAUGAGCGAAAUUGAGAAACUCAGGACACAAAAUGACAAUUUGGCAGCAAACAAGGCACAAAUGAGUGAAACCUCAUUUGACGUAGAAGCAUCUCCUACUGAUGCAGAGAAUUCUGUUGCAGAAAUGACAUCCCCACCUUUACCAUUCCCAGUCCAUUCUACAACUGUCAUCCAGUCAGUUGUGGGGGGUGAACGCAUGGCAACAACAUCUGACCCCAGACAGGCUGUGCUUCCUGUCCAAACCCUAAAUCUCCACAGGAAGCGCAGGAGCUUUCCUCACAAAAGGCAGCUACCUGGGGCCAAAGAGAAAGUUUGUCCAGGGGUGACAGAGUCCUCGCAGCAUGUCAGCCAAGUCAGAGACUCUUACCGGUGGGUCCUGGGCAUCCCAGCCAAGAACCUAUGUAUGAACUUUCAGGAGGUGCUGGUUGAUCUGAGUUCCAAGAACGAUCGAGGUCUUUAUGAAGCAAGGGUUAGAGCAGUAGUAGGGGGACGACCUUUGACCUUCUACAGUCUGGUGGGCCUUGAGAGUGAGUCCUUCUACCGCAGCAUGCCGCGGAUCAUUGCCUUGGCACUGGAGGCGCUCAAAGCAUAAGUUUUAUCUCAACAGUAAACAGUAAAACUGCAUGAAAGCCUCAACUGUGUCUCAGACAAGUCCAGCGAGAGACAACGGAAUGAAAACUCUGAAACGAAACA